CGAAACGCGUCUGACUAGGAAGUGGCUUCGGCUGCUGGUCCGGGAUUUUGUCGCUGUGGGCGGUGUCUGGAGAGGUUCACCAUCGGGUCCUGGCUUCCAGAAGCAAGAUAAAUCAAAUGACGGAAUGAAAGAAAAGGAGAAAGUUGCUGGCCUUGGAUAUCAUCAUUUCUGGGGAUGACUUCAACUGGCCAGUAAUAUUUCUGACUACAAAAACUUUAUGGCAGAUGUAUAAAAGACAAAAGACAUAUAGUCUAUGUUGCUCACUUUUUCCUGAGCACAGAAGAUGUUUGAAUUCCAGGAAUCACUGACCUUAGAAGAUGUGGCUGUGGAAUUUACCUGGGAAGAAUGGCAGCUGCUGGACUGUUUUCAGAAAGACCUUUAUCGAGAUGUGAUGUUGGAAAACUAUAACCAUCUAGUAUCACUGGGGUAUCAAGAUAGCAAGUCAGAUGCACUCUCCAAGUUGGCACAAGGACAAGAACCAUGGAUAAUGGAAGAUAAAAUUCAGAGAAGAAACUGUCCAGGAAUCAGCAAAAUUAACCAUCAUCUGCAAGAGCACUCUCCAAAGAAAACAUUUCUUAAGAGCAUGCAACAAUUUAAUGAACAGAAUGCAUUUAGAAAUAUUGUUCAUCUGAGCAAAACACAUUUUCCCCUAGUGCGAAAUCAUGAUAUAUUUGACUUAAAUAUAAAAACUUUGAAAUCAAGUUUAAGUUUAGUGAACCAAAAGAAAAAACAAGGACUAAAUAACCCAAUUGAGUUUAGUAAAGGGGAGAAAACACUUCAGCAUGGUAAGCAUGAACAUAUGUGUACUAAAAUUAAAUUGCCUGAGAGUACAAACUGCAUUGCUACUAAAUUCCAACUCUUUAAGCACCACGGAACCCAGAAAGCUGAGAAACCCCAUUCAUGCAUUGAGUGUGAACAGACCCUCCUCGGGAAGUCUAAGCUCAUUUACUAUGAGAGUACUCAUACAAACCAUAAUCCUGGAAGUGGUCAAUAUGAGAAAUUAUCCAGAAGUAUCAUGUUCACUCAACACUGGAAAACUCUUACAAAAGACAAAACUUAUAUAACUAGUGAAUAUAGAAAAGAGUCCACUGUGAAGGACAGUCUCAUUGCACAUCAGCAAACCCAUACAGAAGAGAAAUCCUAUGUAUGCAGUGAGUGUGGAAAGGGGUUUACAAUGAAGCGCUAUCUAAUUGCUCAUCAACGAACUCACAGUGGAGAAAAACCUUAUGUAUGCAAUGAAUGUGGAAAAGGUUUCACUGUGAAGAGCAAUCUCAUCGUACAUCAGCGAACUCAUACAGGGGAGAAACCCUAUAUAUGCAGUGAAUGUGGAAAAGGCUUCACCAUGAAGCGCUAUCUUGUUGUACAUCAGCGAACUCAUACUGGAGAGAAACCCUAUAUAUGCAGUGAAUGUGGAAAAGGCUUUACCGUGAAGAGCAAUCUCAUUGUCCAUCAGAGAUCGCAUACAGGGGAAAAAUCUUACAUAUGCGGUGAAUGUGGUAAAGGCUUCACUGUCAAACGCACUCUCAUUAUCCACCAGCGAACUCACACAGGAGAGAAAUCUUAUAUAUGCAACGAAUGUGGCAAAGGCUUCACUACAAAACGCACACUCAUUAUACAUCAGCGAACUCAUACCGGAGAAAAACCCUAUGAAUGCAAUGAAUGUGGUAAAGCCUUCAGCCAGAAAAUAUGCCUCAUACAACAUGAGAGAUGUCAUACAGGAAAGACUCCUUUUGUAUGUGCUGAGUGUGGAAAAUCCUAUUCACACAAAUAUGGUCUUAUCACCCACCAGAGAAUUCACACAGGAGAAAAACCUUAUGAGUGCAACGAAUGUGGAAAAGCUUUCACCACAAAGUCAGUACUCAAUGUACAUCAAAGAACUCAUACAGGAGAGAGACCUUAUGGUUGCAGUGAUUGUGAAAAAGCCUUUUCCCACUUAUCCAACCUUGUUAAACAUAAGAAAAUGCACACAAGAGAAAUAGGUAGACUCAGUCAAGUUGAAAAUUCCAUCAACAGAGAGUCACAGCUCAUUACUUAAAAGUGAACUCAUGCAGAACAAAACUACUAAUGCAAUAACUGGAAAUGUCUUUUAUGGAAUCUCAGACUUCAUAAAAUAUCAGUGUGUUUCUAGCAGAUUGGAAUGUAAUCAUGGAGAUGAAAGUGGAAAUAAAAGAAUUUGCCCUAGAGCUAAUCCUGGUGAAUACAAUUAGUAAGGUGGUGCUUUAGUGUUCCUCUACCUCAUAUUUUCUGUCAAUGAAAACAUUGGAUAAACUUCAAUGUGGAAAUGCCUUGAGCAAUAAAUUCUGCUCAUGUAUAUGAAAAUUUUGUGCUGAAAUGAAUUCUGCAAAUGCAGAGACUAGAAAAAGCCUUCUGUGGAAAGAUAGACUUUAUUAUCAGGCAGGUUUCAUCAUAGAUUAUCAGUGAGCUCAUUGUUGAUAGAAAUAUGAUGGUGAUGACAAAGCCUUUACCCAGAAAUA